GGCAGACGGGCCAACCGCCUAGCCAAAGCAUCCAAGCCACCAGGGAAAGCCAUGACUGGAUUUGACGCUCCGGCCAGUGGCUGGCUGUUGAAGCGCUGUCCAGUCCUGGGUGAUGUCUGGCGUCGGCACUGGUGCGUGCUGGGCUUCGAUGAGGAAGAAGACACCUGGGUCUUGGAUUGCCACGCGGAGAAGUCAAGGAAGUUGGUGUACCACAUCCCCUUGGGCAUGGGUGCGCGGGUCCUGACCAAGCAGUGGCCGACAGCCCUGGCGAAACAUCAGCAGCAGCGGCCCUGCAGCUUUCUGCUGGAUUCCGGUGAGGGCCGGCUGUGUCCCUUCUUCCUCUUCGACGCAGUCAGUCAAGACAGCCUGAGCACCUGGCAGGGCGCCCUCAGCACCUGCGCCCGAGAGCUGCGCAGGAGGCUGCAGACUGAGGAGGAGAAAAACCGCACAGAGCUCAUUGCGGCCAUCUUCUCUGCGUUGGACCAAGAGGGACAAGGCAAGCUCUGGUCCGUGGAGUUUCGGCGCUAUGCGGAAUCGCUGGGCUUUGCCGGCUCGGACGCGGAGUGGAAUGGGGAGUUCAACGAGAUCUGUGAAGAUCGCGGCUGGAAGGAGGAUAGCAGCAUCACCUUGAAGCACUUCACAAAGUUUGUCAGCAAGGACGAGAAGAUGGAGAAGGAGCACCUCCAGGAGGUCUUGGAAGGUCUCAAGGGCGAGCGCGAGCUGCCCGUCUCCGACGCAUGGGCCAGGCAGAGCGUGGCCUCAAACUUGGUGAAGCUCAAGAGCAGGUCCGACAUCAUCACUGCCAUGUUCAACUGCCUUCAGAACGUUGACACAGGCCGGAUUGGCUGCUCGGAGCUGCGCCGGUACGCGGUGCUGUCUGGCUUUGAGGGUGAUGCCGACGAGUGGGCCGAGGAGUAUGAAGACCUCUGUGCGGACCAGGGCUGGAGCAAGGAUACCGGCAUCAGUCGACUGGAAUUCGCCGGGCUCAUGAAAGAUGAGCAGAUGGGUUCCGACGAGGAGCUGAAAGCCAUUUUGAUGGAGCUUCGCAUGUCCCCGAAGAAGAGGCGAACUUUCGACCAAAUGUCCCAACUCGCUGGCAAGACUGCCUCCCGCAACCGCGUGGAUGUUACGGAGCUGGACAGAUCGGCUCUAGUUGCAGAGGCCUUCCGAUGUUUGGACGUGCGGCGCAAGGAGUUGCUCACCUCCCGGGAGUUUAGGCGCUAUGCGGAGCUCACCGGCUACGACGAAGGUGAGGAGUUCUGGGAAGAGCAGUACGAAGAGCUGUGCCAAGAAUACGGAUGGACGCCAGAGGUAGGAGUGGGACUUCGGGAGUUUGAGGAGCCUUGGCGAGGCAAGGGAGCCCAAGAUGGUGCACCAACUCAGAAGCUCCCAGACCAGCCCAAGAAUAGCGGCUUCAUGCUGGCUAGGGCCUGGCACUGUUGA